GCCCGGGGCGUCGAGGGGGCCCGCGCCGCGCCGGGCGCCGCCGCCCUGACAGCCAUGUGCUCCCAGCUCUGGUUCCUGACGGACCGGCGCAUCCGCGAGGACUACCCGCAGGUGCAGAUCCUGCGCGCCCUCCGGCAGCGCUGCUCCGAGCAGGACGUGCGCUUCCGGGCGGUGCUCAUGGACCAGAUCGCCGUCACCGUCGUCGGCGGCCACCUCGGCCUGCAGCUGAACCAGAAGGCGCUCACCACUUUCCCAGAUGUGGUGCUCGUGCGCGUGCCCACCCCCUCGGUGCAGUCGGACAGCGACAUCACGGUCCUGCGCCACCUGGAGAAGCUGGGCUGCCGCCUCGUCAACCGCCCACAGAGCAUUUUAAACUGCGUCAACAAGUUCUGGACUUUCCAAGAGCUGGCUGGGCAUGGGGUUCCCAUGCCAGACACCUUCUCCUAUGGUGGGCACGAAGACUUUUCCAAGAUGAUCGAUGAAGCUGAGCCCCUCGGCUACCCGGUCGUGGUGAAGAGCACGCGAGGACAUCGGGGAAAAGCUGUUUUUCUUGCAAGAGAUAAACAUCACCUCUCAGACAUCUGCCAUCUGAUCCGCCAUGAUGUGCCCUACCUGUUCCAGAAGUAUGUGAAGGAGUCACACGGCAAAGAUAUCCGGGUGGUGGUGGUAGGGGGCCGGGUGAUAGGCUCUAUGCUUCGCUGCUCCACAGAUGGACGGAUGCAAAGCAACUGCUCUCUCGGCGGUGUGGGCGUCAUGUGCCCGCUGACAGAGCAAGGCAAGCAGCUGGCCAUUCAGGUGUCCAACAUCCUGGGCAUGGACUUCUGUGGCAUCGAUCUCCUCAUCAUGGACGAUGGCUCCUUUGUGGUGUGUGAGGCAAAUGCCAACGUCGGCUUCCUAGCCUUCGACCAGGCGUGCAAUUUAGAUGUGGGUGGCAUCAUCGCGGACUACACCAUGUCCUUGCUGCCCAAUAGGCAGACUGGCAAGAUGGCUGUCCUCCCAGGACUGUCCAGUCCCAGGGAGAAGAAAGAGCCAGAUGGCUGCGCUUCAGCUCAGGGAGUUGCGGAGAGCGUCUACGCCAUCAACAAUGGGUCUACCUCUAGCGAGAGUGAGCCUGAACUGGGAGAGAUCCGGGAUUCCUCAGUGAGCACAACGGGGGCCCCGCCCCCCAUGCUGCCCGAACCCGGCUACAACAUUAACAACCGGAUUGCUUCAGAAUUAAAACUUAAGUGAAUUCCUGCUUUUUGGCAGCAUUGAAACCAAAUCCUACUGCUUCCCUAUAGUUUUGAGUGAAUAAAAUCCGGACUAAUGUGAUUUCAUUUGCACAGAAACUAGAAAAUCCCAUCUGGGCACUCAGCAUUCUUUCUAACGAUGAUUUAAGCAAAACGGCUUAGCUUUGUGGUUUUUACAGAGACUAAUAUAAAAACACUCACCAAGAGCAACAUCCCGAGCAAUCGACUUGAGACCGACGUCUGCCGCAAGCACUUGGAUGCUACGGCUGACUUUUAAGGCGCUGCCGGGGGGGCUGCUGCUUCUGGCUGUUUCCAGCAGAGCCCAUGAACUCAGACCGCCUCCCGGAAGUGCUGCACUCGGGAGCCAGCCCCGGAGGCAGGCGGGGGCGGAAGACAAGGAAUGUGACUGCAGUUACACGGCUCUUCGCUAAGUGUGUGUGUGGGAUGCUUGAAAAAUACGCGGUUCAGUCUCUGCUCCCCGUCAGUCACCAUCCUGGCCAUAUUCCUCUGACACUCAGGAUAUGGUGUUUUAGGGAGCUUCCUCAUUAGCAUUUUCGAUGAAGCACUUUGUAGAAAGUUUGAGACCGAUCGUUAUUUGACUUCACCGGUUGGCAGAUACCCUGCUGUGUAGCUGGGGCUUUCUACAAAUUGCUUUGCCACUCCGAACUUACAGACCCUGCUUCAACUAACGCCAGCCCCAGCAGCCUCUUGCACCUUUGCUGCCUUUGGCCUCAGCUGGAAAUGCACUUCAAUGAGCUAGGGGCCACACACUUUAUUUCUUAUGUGUGCACUAGAAUUGAACGCCAUGGACUUUCUUGUCAGUGGACUCUGUUCAUUUGUCAUCCAGAAGCCGGUUACGCUGUCGGAAACGCCCUGCGAUGAAGAGAUGAAGGGCGUGUUGCUGCGAGUCUCUGCAAACGCCACCGUUCGGUGACAUCACGUUGGCGACUUGACAUCAGCCCUGGUAGGAUAUCUUACCCCCCCAGCCCCCGAGAUGGGCAGAUGCCACAUAUCAAGUUUCUACCCCUGGAGGGCUGGUUGCAAAACAUUUAGCAGCACCCCACUGCUACUUGGGGACCGAGAAAGACAUGGAGCCACAUGAGCAUUGAAACACCUCGUUCCGGGGAGGUUGGCCUGGGUGAUGGAUUUCUUGCAGCAGGUGUCCUGGUAGAAUGUGCAGAAGUGGCCAAGAAAAACGCCUGAAAACGCUGCUUCUCCGCUCGUUUUGUCUUGCCUCUGUUUUCCACGCGUGAGAAAUGUGUUUCGUUUGCUCCUAAACUUCUGGAGUGAUUUGUGAGUUCUGUCUCACCGCGGGCGGGUACUUCGGCUCAGUUCCCCUCCAGGAAAGGGAAUUGUCGUUUCCCCUGCCUAACCGGCAAGCUGAAAAUGUGCUACAAGGAAUAUAUCUUAACUAGGCGCUGAGAGAGCUCAUUUCCAAGUGGUUUCUACAGCAAUAACAGUGUUAACUUCUCCAACAGGGAAGAAAUCAUUUAUAAAUGAUUGUUUUGCUGUCUUUGCUUUUUAUUAAAAUUAUUACUGUGGGA